AUGUCCUUAAGGUGAUGUGCUGCUUUUGGCAGAUUUAGUCAUUCUCUUUAGUCACAUGAGCACUAAUGGUUUUUCAAAAUUUUUAUGUUGUUUAUUUUGGAUACAGGCAGAGGAAGCUCAGCGAAAGCUUAAGAGACAGAAUGGAGAGGACCCAGGUAAGCUAUUUCUUCAGUGAUUGUAGUCAUAUCUGAAAAUGAUUGGUCAGUUGAAUGCAGAUUGCUGAAGUGUGAGUGUCUGUGUGUGUCGUAGCCCUGCCUCCAUUCUGCCCACUGUUUGCCAGCUUGGGAAACAUUCUGCAGUGUGACGUGCUGCUUGGCAUGCUGGGAGCUGUGCUGCAGUGGGCUAUGGAGCCCAGGGAGGACACUGGUCUGAGUCCAUGCUGCAGAGGGUGCUGCACUUGAUAGGCAUGGCUCUGCUGGAGGAGCAGCAACAGCUAGAGAACAUUGGGGAUGACGAUGAAGUUACUUUCAACUUCACCCUCAAAAUCUCCCGUCCCGGUGAACCCCCCGGCAACACUACAAGCAUCCUGGCUCUGUUAGAGACCUUGCAGUGCACGCUUCACUUGGAAGUGCACAAAGACAUGAUUCGCUGGAUCCUUAAAGUGAAAUUACAUCUUGAUUAUGUUUUCAAUUUGCCUUACUCUCUCUAUGCGUGCACCUAAUAUGUCCACCAGGUGGCAGCCUAGCAUGUUUUGCAAUUUGCUCACUGAAGGUAGGUGCAACAUACAAAAGAUGAGCGUUUUUACCAUGAAGUUUAAAGCAGUGCUGCAUCAAGACCUGUUUGAAAUCCAAGCAGUGCAACACCGCUCAAGGUGGCGUGGCCGGUAGGCAAAGCAGCACCUCUCACCACGGUGAAGCACAAAUGCUUCACUGUCCCAAAGCGGUUUUGCUGCUGAUCAUCUGUAGGUGGCCCUAGGGGUGUGUUGAUGUGGAUUAUUGUGCGUGUUACUUAAAAGCUGUAUGUCAACAUGAAUAUUUAAAUGACAUGUAAGGAUUGCUUACUACACAAACUGAAUUUCAAUGCACUGUGAUGUGUGCAUUUUAUUUUCCAUAUAGUGAAAACUGUCAGGACACCUGCACCAGGCAGAACAUGUACAUAUGAAGGCCAUGGUGUAGGCCAAGGCUGAUGAUGUAUUGUAGUAUGUACUUUGAAGAGAAACGGGCAAAUUAAAUGUUAGUAAAAUUGUAAUGCAUCUUCAGUAUUUAAUGGUAUGGUGUGUGUGUAUAUACUUUUUAGUGCACAAAUGUGUUCUAUUGAACAUCUGCUUAGUUUUGCAGACUUUGAUUGUGUGUGCAUGUAGUUCUAACUGCACUGAUGUAUCGUUUUCUUGUA